UUAAUUUCCUACAACGACAGGUUUAUACAAUUUUAAUAUUGUACAGAAAGUUUAAUUGUAACAGCGAAAAAAGUGAGUUUUAAAAUGCAGCAAAGUAUUGAACUGGCAUUAGCGCAUGACUGCACGAAGUUACAAGCAAAUACAAAACAUGGCGGCUGAUAGAAGUCAAAACAACGAUAAUAAGAUUUUUCCCGCUUAAAUGGAGCAGAAGACGUUAUUUUUUAAUGGUUAGAAAGUUUUUGCUGUAAAGAAAUGGAGAAAUUAGAUCAGUUUUUAAGAGUGGGCGUCGCAGGAGAAGGCACCUACGGCAUAGUGUACAAAGCUAAAGAUAAAAUUAGUGGAAAACUAGUCGCUUUAAAGAAAAUUAAACUGGAAAAGUUUUCAAAUGGCGAAUACGAGGGCAUUCCAUCUACCGCACUGCGAGAGGUCAGUCUGUUAAAGGGAUUGCGACAUGCCAAUAUAGUCGAAUUGAUAGAUGUCAUUUGUCAACUGCCUCACCUGUUCUUAGUAUUCGACUAUCUUGAAGUAGACUUGAAACGGUAUCUUGACAGCAUUGAAAAUGAUAUGAGCCUAGAACUAGUGAAGAGUUUUAUGAAGCAAUUAUUGUCCGGUAUAGCCUACUUGCAUAUGCAUAGAAUUUUACAUCGGGAUAUAAAGCCGCAAAAUAUUUUACUGGAUAAGGAAGGGCACUUGAAAGUGGCAGAUUUCGGUCUUUCCAGGUCUUUUGCUUUACCGACCAAAAAUUAUACACACGAAGUUAUUACCCUUUGGUAUAGAGCACCGGAGCUCUUACUUGGUGCACGAAUCUAUUGCACUUCGGUUGAUAUGUGGAGCAUUGGAUGUAUUUUAGCGGAAUUGAUUACUAAACAGCCAUUAUUUGCUGGCGAUUCCGAAAUCGAUCAGGUUUUCAAAGUAUUCAAAUUACUGGGCACGCCCAACAAUGACGUUUGGCCCGGCGUGACUCGUUUACCCGAUUUUCAAGCCAGUUUUCCACAGUGGGACAUCAAACCGCCGUCACAGCAUGCACCUUUUAGUAGUAAACCUUCGGCUACCACAGAUGUGAAAGAUAUGUUAGAUAAAUUAUUGGUUUAUAAUCCAACUGACCGACUAACAGCAGAAGAAGCUUUGAGUAGAGAAUUUUUUACUGAUGCAAGAUUAACUUGUCCAGAAAGUGGAUGUUUUACAAAACCAGAAAGGUUAACCUGAUAUUUUAAUUCCGUAUUAUAUUUAGAUAAACAUAUUGUAUUUGAUAUAAAAUUUUUAUUCAAAUAAAUAAAAACAAAUUUUAA